AUGCCAAUGAAAAAUCAAACCACACUGACUGAAUUUAUUCUCCUGGGACUUUCCAGUGACCCACAGUUGCAGAUUUUCCUCUUCCUGGUGUUUUUAGUUAUUUACCUAAUCACUGUGGCUGGUAACAUAGUGAUCAUGGUGGUGAUAAGGGCUGAUUCUCACCUUCACACUCCUAUGUACUUCUUCCUCUUCCAUUUAUCCUUUGUUGAUAUCUGCUAUUCCUCAGUCACAGUGCCUAACAUGCUGAAGAACUUCCUAGCAGCACACAAAACUAUUUCUGUCAAUGGCUGCAUUGCUCAGAUGUUCUUCAUCCUCCUCUCAGGUGGUGCUGAAAUUCUCAUUCUCUCAGCCAUGGCUUAUGACCGCUACGCUGCCAUCUGUGACCCAUUGCGUUACAUGGAGAGAAUGAGCAAAGGGAUCUGUGUUCAGCUGGUGAGUGGUGCAUGGGCAAUAAGUUUAGUCCAUGCCCUGCUUAACACUGUUUUUACCUUCAAGUUGCAUUUCUGUGGACCCAAUCAAAUCAGCCAUUUCAGCUGUGAGCUCCCUCCUCUGUUACAAUUGUCCUGCACUGACACCCUCACCAAUCGAGUGGUGCUUUUUACUUCUGUUGUGAUAUUUGCAUCAAGCUCCUUCCUCCUCACCCUGAUCUCCUACAUUCACAUUAUCUCCACCAUCCUGAGAAUACGCUGUGCAGAGGGCAGGCGUAAAGCCUUCUCCACCUGCAGCUCCCACCUGAUUGUGGUUGGCUUAUUCUACCUGACAGGUUUUCUCCAGUACACAAAGCCCAGCUCGGUCUCCUCUGUGGUGCUGGAUGAAAUAUUCUCCAUUGAGUACUGCAUCUUGACUCCCAUGUUAAAUCCUAUGAUCUACAGCCUGAAAAACAAGGAGGUGAAAACAGCUGUAGGGAAAAUGUUAAGGAAAUUCAAACUUCUCAAGUAG